GUUUAUCCGCCUCGGCCUCCGCUGCUUGGCUCAGGCAGGGAAGUGUCGAGGCAGCGAGGGCGCACGGGAGGAGGCGAGGAGCUGUGAAAACAAAACGACCCCAGGGGAAUGUAAAACUUUGGGACUGAAAUCACCCACAAGACGUUGCGCCGGCCUCCCCUAACAUUUAACAUAUUAGCUGGUUUCUCAUGGAAGCAGAUGGAUUUGUAAGGAGGCGUCGGAUGACAGCGGAGAAUGCAGGCAAUGAUCCCGGGGUAGCUGGUGCCUCUGCCGGUGCAGAAGUUCGCUGGAUGCGGGGCAGGUUUUGGGGAGUUUCGAAAAGUAUCGCUGGGAGUCUGACACCUCGGAUCGGAAUCGAGCCUGAACUACAGACGGUUGAUUUGAUUUGCAGUCCACAAGAUGCAGACACUGAUGACUCUGAACCAGACUAUGAGGGGCUGCCUCAGGGAGCCUCCACUAGCACCCACAUGUUGGCCGGAGCCGUGGCUGGGAUCAUGGAGCACUGCCUCAUGUUCCCCAUCGACUGUGUGAAGACUCGCAUGCAGAGCCUCCAGCCCGACCCCGCGGCCCGCUACAGGAACGUGAUGGAUGCCCUUCGCCGUAUUGUAGUCACAGAGGGAGUGUGGCGGCCAAUGAGGGGGCUCAAUGCCACAGCAGUUGGGGCGGGACCUGCCCAUGCCCUGUACUUUGCCUGCUACGAGAAACUCAAAAAGACUCUGAGCGAUGUCAUUCACCCAGGGGCUAACAGCCAUUUGGCUAAUGGUGCAGCUGGGUGUGUGGCCACACUGCUUCACGACGCAGCCAUGAACCCAGCAGAGGUUGUGAAGCAGCGCAUGCAGAUGUAUAACUCCCCCUAUCGCGGCGUGUUGGACUGUGUAUGUGCCGUGUGGAAGACCGAAGGCCCUGCAGCCUUCUACCGCAGCUACACCACCCAGCUCACCAUGAACGUGCCCUUCCAGGCGCUCCACUUCAUGACUUACGAGUACCUGCAGGAGCUGCUCAACCCCCACAGACAGUACAACCCCUCAUCCCACAUGUUGUCCGGAGCUUUGGCCGGAGCCAUUGCAGCUGCUGCCACUACACCUCUGGACGUCUGCAAGACCCUGCUCAACACCCAGGAGUCUCAGGCCCUCAGCUCCUUGUCUUCUGGUCAAGGCCCUGGCCAGAGCCAAGGUCAAGGAGCCCACAGACACAUCUCAGGCCUGGCCCAUGCCUUCAGGACGGUUUACAGGCUGGGCGGCCUGCAUGGCUUCUUCAGAGGAGUCCAGGCGAGGAUCAUCUACCAGAUGCCCUCCACAGCAAUCAGCUGGUCUGUGUAUGAGUUCUUCAAGUAUGGCCUCACUAAGCAUCAGCACGACAAGCAGAAGCGAGCGCAGCACAUGAAGGCUGAGAUGUAGAGAUCUCUUUAGUUUAACCUCUACUGAUAUUUUUCCCUGUGAAAGAAAAAUGAACGCACACACAGGCUAGAAUUCACCUCAGCUGCCCAGUCCCCUUCAGACAUGACAAAUAAGAAAGCCCUAUUCAUAGACAGUUAGCUGAAGAGUAACGGCAAAUCAUGGUUUAUGUUACAUUAUUUCUCUCCUUUAGUAUUAUGGAAGCCAUUAGUCAGGAGAUUUUUAAGUGCUACUAGUGACCACAAGUAGUUUCUCUGAACAAGGGAAUGCACAGGACUUGGAGGAGAAAUAGUCAGCAGAGGGCAGUAGUGUUACUUUAAGUGUUCAGUCAUUUCAGAAGUCCCUCUGCCCUAGGACCUCAUUUUCAUUUUCUCCCAUUCAAAGCCCAAGUUUGCAAAUGAGUUAUAACUGACUUCUAAUGCUCACGACCUUCUAGAUUUGGUCAUGUCGGGGGCGAGAUAUUUUGCUACCUAUUUGGCGUUAAACAAACCUUUUUAGUCUUUUAUCCAAAAAAUAUCAAAAGAUUUUUUUUGGUCAAUUUGCUGUUCCCUUGUAUAAACUUUAAUGGGUCCUGCUAACAUGACAACCCAACAAUUAACAUUUAUUUUUUAUCUUGAGUAAUUUAAUUGUAUAAUUUGAAAUAUGCUUAAUAUCCACAAGAAAUAUCUUUAUUUUGUUAAAUUGGCAGUAAUUUAAUUAAUAUAUUGGUAGCUAUAAUUCACACUUUUUUCAUUUAUUUGUUAUAAUUUGAUUUCUUUAAAUCUCUUAUUACUGCUAAGACAUGCAUCGCUGUGAAGUCCCCCCAUUUUGAGUUUUUUUCCCACUUUUGCAUUUAUUCAACUCGAGUCCACCCAACGCUCACCCUUAAUGCCUUGUGCCUGCAUCCGCUGCAGUGACUAGCCUGUUUUUAGCUUAUGAGGUCCACAGUUUCUGUGCUCAGCAGCGCAGGUUGUCCACAGUCUGCUGGGCCCAACAUGAAGUCACUAAAUUGUCACAGAGUUCAGUGUGUCGCAUUGAUUAGACCUUGAAAGGAGGCUGCCGAUCCUCCUAGUUGAUGUCUGAUGGUUUCCAACACUCAGUUGCAUUUCCAGAAUAAAAGCUGAGCAGAAGGAGCAUCUCACUGCUCCUAAAUGA